AUGUUGAUAAUUUCUGCCUCAGGACCCUUUAAUUUUACCCUGCGUCAGGAGAGGGUAGAUGCUUUAAUUGGUGAUGUCAUCCAAAUAGACUCAAAAUUCAAUUCCAUAAAUGAAGGGAGGCAGAGAGGGCUAGGUGACUGGCCUGAUAGAUGGAUAGUCAGUAGUCAGAAAUUUGUAUUUCAGAAUCACGGAGACGAUGGGAAAUAUGUUAAUCUGCCGGAUAGUGAGCCAAAUAUAGUCUCUGAACUACAGGAAAUGGAAGUCAAGAAAAAAGACAGGAUAAAGAAAGACAAUCACAAUAUCAUUGAGCGAAGACGGAGAUACCACAUAAACGACAGAAUAAAAGAAUUGGCAUCUUUACUACCACCAUCAACACCGCAGUCAAUGAAACUUCACAAGGGUUCAAUUUUAAAAGCAUCAGUAGAAUACUUGAAAGAUCUUAAGAAAGACAAAGAAAAAUUGGCAAGAUGUGAAACCAGACAAAAAGAAAUGGAAGCAAAAUAUCAGAAAAUUCUGAUAAGAAAGUUUCAAAUCGAGCUGAAAAUGAGACUUCAUGGACUUUCGAUGGAAUUAGAUUUCAAACGAGGAAUGAAAAAUAAGAAAGCAAAGAAGAGUUUCGACAAAGUCGACGAAAUAGUAGAAAAUCUGAUAGAGCAAAAGAAAGGGAGUGCUGAAAACACCAAUGAUCUAACUUUACCACAGAGGGACAAGCUGGAAAUCCCUAAGCAAGGUCAAAUGUUUUCUGUACAAAACAUCUUACCUACAUCAAAGAUGGCGGCAGAUUCUUUACCCCUGUUUUCUUCUAGCAGUGAGUUAAGCAUUAAACAGUCCGAUAUUUUUUCUGGAUCUGCUCGAAAGCCAAAAUAUCAGUGUUGUUCAACUAAGUCUUUCCCAUUCUCCUCUUGUCAUCAUUUGAGUUCUACUGAGAAAGCUGCAUCAACAAAAGUGACUAGCAGCAUGCUCGAAACAUUACUAAGGAAGUCUGAAUAA